AUCGAUUAUUUGGUAAUAUCGAAUAAGAAUAAAUAUGGCUACUCUAACGUAGAUUUUAGAAAACGUGCUAGCAUUUUUUGAAUAUAUAAAAAGAAUUUAUGUUCUCAAUUAUUUUUAACUUUAGCUGAUUAAUGUUUAUACUAGAGACGAAAUCGAAAUUAAAUUGGGAAAUAUGUCUAUGCUCGCAGAACGUCGACAAAAACAGAAAUGGAGCCUCAAUCCACGAGGAAAGUGGUGGUCCGAAGACUCGAAUAAGUUUGGGCAGAGAAUGUUAGAAAAAAUGGGCUGGACAAAAGGGAAAGGACUUGGUAUCAACGAGCAAGGCAUUACGGAAUAUCUCAAUGUGCCAUAUAAGAAAGAUACAGCAGGUAUAGGAUAUGAUAAUAAUGUAGAUGCAUGGAUGGAACAUCAGGAGAAAUUUAAUAAUUUGCUGCAACGACUUCAUAAGAAUGAAGAUCAAAACACUAUUCAGAAAUUGCAAAGAGAGGAUGAUAGUCUAAGUGGACAAUCAAUGGAACUGAAGUCUAAACAAAGUCGUGCUCGUAUACAUUAUAAGAAAUUUACAUGUGGCAAAGAUAUAAAUAAAUAUAAACCACAGGAUUUGGCAAAUAUAUUUGGCCAAAAAGAAUUAACAAAUCAAAUUCAAAUAAAGACAGAAAAAAAUGACGACAUUUAUGAAAAACAAGCUAUUAGCAUAGAAAAAAACAAAAAUGAAAUUAACAGUGGUAGCAUGACUGAUUACUUCAAGCAUAAAUUAAACUAUGACAAAAACUUUUCACGCAAUAUGAAUGAUAACCCGACGUUUAAUUCUGAAAGUGAGAAUGAGCAAUAUGCUGGUUUUGGAUUUGCACCAAAAACAGACAAUAUAUUAUCCAAUGGAGUGUCAAAUGAUAUUAAUGAGAAGAAUGCUUAUGCUUUUGAUAAUCCUUGUUUGGGAUUGAAUAGUUCUACAGAAAUUAUGUCAUCUAACACUGAGAAUAUCUGCAAAAAAUCUGCAAAGAAAAGAAAGAAGGAAUGUGCAAGUGAUAAUUUGCAUGUUACUGAAGUGGAUAAACACAAUGCCCGAAAGAAAUUAAAAACUGAAAUUAUUGAUGGAGAUUGUAAAGAUGGUUUUACAAAUCCAGCUCUUAACUUAGACAUAAACCUUGAGGAAGAUUGUAAUGGUAAAGAAUUUGAAGUAUCCAGAGCACAAUUUGGUCUAGAAAACUGUGGUUUAGAUUUGACAGAUGAAAAAAGUGACAAAAAAAGUGUAACAUUUAAUGAUCAUAUCAUAUUAUAUGAAUAUAAUAUAGAUUCCACCAAAGAAAGGAAAGGAAAAGCCACAUUGGAUAAAUUUGAAGUUGAAAAUAAAAAACACAAAAAGAAACGGAAACAGGAGAGCAUUACAACUCCUGUGUCAAAUGGAUUAGUCAAUGAGGCAUUAGAUAUAGAAACAGUAUGUGAAGAAAUUAAUGAUAAUAAGUUGAAUGAACAUAAAAGCAAAAAAAGUAAGAAAAGGAAGAUAUGUAAAAUAUCUAGUUUAGAAACGAUACAUGAAUCACCAGAACAAGAAAAAGAAAUAAUUGAGAUUAAUAUAGAAUCAGAUGUAUUGGAUACGACUAAUGUUGAAAAUGGAGAAACAGAUUUCUCGGAUAAAAAAUUAAAAACAAAGAAAAAGAACAAGAAGAAAGCCGAAGUUGAAAUCAGUACUGUAAUUGAUAACAUAAGUGACGAAUUAGGUUUUGAAACUGAAGAAAUAAUAAGAGAUAAAAAAAUUAAGAAACAUAAGAAAAGUAAAAAAGAAGAAGUUGUAAUUUCUAAGAAACAUAAAAAAGAAAAGGAAAAAGAUAAGGAAAUAUGUAAGAUUGAAGAAUGUGCUGUCCAAACUGAAAUAAGCAAUGAUCAACAGAAUAUCGAAAUAUUAGAUAAGACAAAUCCUAAGCAGCAACAAAAUUACUUAAUUAUGGAUGAAAGCAAGGAUGCAACUGGAAUAGAAAUAUUUCCAGUUGUUGGGAUUAAAAAAGAAGAAAAUGUAAUCUUAGAAAAGAAACAAAAAAAGAAAAAGAAAAAGAGUGAUGUUCACAAUGAAGAUUGUUUUAAGAAUGAAUGUGAUGUAAAGGAGAUUUUUGACAAGGAAAAUGUUGGCAAAGAACAAGAUUCAGAUACCAAAAAAUUAGAAAAAAAAGAAAAAAAAGAUAAAAAACACAAAAAAUCCAAAGAAAAGAAUGUAUCUGAGAUUGAAGAUUCUGUCAAUUCUAAUCCAGAAAUUAUGAAUGAAAAUAUUAUAAAGCAAGAAAAAGAAGAAAAUGUAGAGUCCACCCAUACACCUUUAAAGAAAAGUAGGUUAGUUGAAUCUAUCGAUAAUAUAAUUCAUAGUCCAUGGAGUGCAAAAGCAAGGAUGUCUAAAAAGAUGUUGAUAAAUCUUUUUCAAAAUAAUGAAUUUUUAGAUUUUCCUGGUUCUAAUAUUCACAAUAUAAAAGGAUAUGGUGUAGAUAUUGAAUGCUCUAAUUAAAGAAAAUUUGUAUAAUCAUUUUUUGAUAAUGAAAUAUUUUCAAUGAUACAUGUUAAUUUGCUUGCUAAUGUGGAUUAUAUAUUUUUGAUAUAAUAUAUAUGUAUUUAUAAUUUAAAUAUAAAUUAUAUAUUUUUUUUAAAUAAGUGUGUAUGUAAGUAAUUUAUUCUUAAUAUUAUAUUAUAUAUAUUUCUGUAUUAAUUUAGACAAUAGAAAACUAUAUAUGUAAUUGUUUGUAUAUGUAAUGAAGUGUAUUAUUUAAUGUAUUGGGGAAAUAACAUUUAAACAAUAUACGAUACACAAAAUUUACAUAAAAA